AUGAAGAUUAUCGCUAUCCUUUACAAGGGCGGUGAGGCUGCUAAGAGCGAGCCCCGUCUCCUCGGUACUGUGGAGAACCAGCUCGGUAUUCGCAAGUGGCUUGAAUCCCAAGGCCACGAGUUCAUCGUAUCCGACUCCAAGGAGGGCCCUGACAGUGACUUCCAGAAGCACAUCGUUGAUUUAUGUCCAAGCUCCAGUACAGCCCUACUACUGUAUCUGCGUAUAUAUCCCUGGGCUGAGAUCUUGAUCACGACCCCAUUCCACCCCGGGUACCUCACUGCAGAAUUGGUCCAGAAGGCCAAGAAUCUUAAGCUCUGUGUCACCGCUGGUGUCGGCUCUGACCACAUUGAUCUCAACGCCGCUGUCAAACGUGGUAUUCAGGUCCUGGAGGUCUCAGGCUCCAAUGUCGUUUCCGUCGCUGAGCAUGUUGUGAUGUCUAUCCUCCUGCUCGUCAGGAACUUUGUUCCGGCACACGAGAUGAUCGAGCGCGGGGACUGGAUGGUCUCUGAUGUUGCUCGCAACGCUUUCGAUCUCGAGGGCAAGGUCGUUGGCACCAUUGGUGCUGGUCGUAUCGGUUACCGCGUCCUCCAGCGUUUGAUGCCCUUCGACUGCAAGGAGCUCAUCUACUACGACUACGCUCCCCUACCUGAAGCGGCUGCUAAGGCCAUCAAUGCUCGUCGCGUCGAGGACCUCAAGGAAUUCGUCUCGCAGUGCGAUGUUGUCACUGUUAACUGCCCUCUGCAUGAGGGUACAAUUGGCCUUGUCAACGCUGACCUUCUCAAGCACUUCAAGAAGGGUGCAUGGCUCGUCAACACCGCUCGUGGUGCCAUCUGUGACAAGGAUGCCGUAGCUGCUGCUCUUGCAAGUGGUCAUCUGAACGGUUACGCUGGCGACGUUUGGAACGUCCAGCCCGCACCCAAAGACCACGUCUUGCGCACGGCUAAGAACGUCCUUGGCGGUGGUAACGGCAUGGUACCCCACUACUCUGGUACCACUCUUGAUGCUCAGGCUCGUUACGCAAACGGCACCAAAAGCAUCAUCGAGAACUACCUCUCUGGCAAGCCCCAGGAGCCUCAAAACAUCAUUGUUGGUAUUGGCAAGUUCGAGACCAAGGCUUACGGUCAGCGUUGA